UUGUGGGGCUUUGUGUUGGAAAGUUAUUGGUUGGAUAGAAACGUGCGAGAGGUGCGAUUGGGAAUGUUUCUCCACUGUCGGUGUUAAUUCAAAUCAGUCGCCCUGUGAUCACGUGAAGGAUUAAUGACUCAUGAGUGCUAGAUGAUUCUACAAAAGUGUCUCACAAGCUCAUUUUGCAGGAUUUAAACUGCUGAGGCAGGACACUACCCAAGUGGUGACCUCAAUAUGGAGACGAGGCACAGGAGGGGAUCAAGGCUAGCUCAGUCAACACCCAACUUUAUUGACCUGACCUGUGACAUUGACUCUGAUGGCUCUGAAGAUGAUGUCCUUUUUGUUGGGGAGGAACUACCUGUUGUUCAAACUCCAACAGGGGUCAUGGAGAUGCUGGCGGACCAGCCCGAUCCGCAACAGAUCACAGCCGCGCCGGCCGCCACCACCGACCAUCCUCGCAACGUGGCCGAAGCCGAACUGGAGCGCGAUAUCUGCGCCCUUACCGUCGAGCUGGACGAGCUGCAAGUGCACGUGAGCGCACAGGACGCUCGGGCGCUGCGGCCCAGCGUGGCGCGGCGCCUGCGCCAGCUACGGCGCGCCUACGACGAGCUGGUGGUUCGCGUGGCGGCGCUGCCGGGCGGCCGCCGGCGCCGCUUCCAGCCGUUUUCUGCGGCCGAUUUGCGCCGACCUGGACGCCGUGUACCUGAUGCAGGUGGUGGCGCAGCACGAGGGUACCGUGCUCGCGGCCGCCGCGCGGCGCGACGCCGGCGGCUCGCGACGCGGCACCGGCUUCGCGCGGACGAGACGCCGCACUAG